GACACAGACACACGCACACAAUGAUUUACUCAGUUCAUGGGCUUCAGCCUUAUUUGUAUGCUGUAUAUGUAUCUAUGAAUAGAACAUGGCUAGUUGUUCCAAUUUCACAGCAAUAAGCAUAUCCUUCACAUGAAGAGACCGUGCAGCUAAGGUGAAUUUGUUUAUAUACUCCAUGGCAACCACUACUAUCACAUGGUCUCCUUGGAUACCGCAGUGUGUACAAAUGAGAGUUCCACAGGGAUAUAAGAAAUGUGAUAUUCCCACGAGGCGAAAACAGCUGUGUCCGGUGAUGUUGCACUAAACUUCAUUCCACGACAUAGUUAUAAGACUUGAAAAACGCGAUAAAAUGUCUAUAAACUCAAGCAAUGGAUUUCCCUUUUUCCCGGGAUACACAUUUCGCGACACAACGAAGUCUGCCUUUCAUAAAUCUCAAACGCUGUCGUACAAGAACGGCUUCGCUUUACCUCAACGACCAAAUGUUGGCAUCGGGCAAGAACCCCUACUGUCCGAGCAGCUGAGUUUGAACGAGGCUAAGCAGGUGCCCUAUGAGAUCCCCUCACUGACCUACGGCAGCGUCGCCAAAAGCCGCCCGCUCGACUUCAUCCCCGCUCAUGUCGUCUAUGACAAGAAGGUGCUGUGCUUCAAUGGUUACUUCCAACAGACAGUGCAGCACUCCCCCAAUGAAGAGUACCGCGUGCGGCCGGUCAUCUUCUACUACUACCUGGAGGACGACAGCAUGUGUGUGUUUGAGCCCAAGGUGGAAAACUCCGGAAUCCCCCAGGGGAAGCUGAUCAAACGCCAACGGUUGCCCAAGAACGACCGUGGUGACCACUACCACUGGAAGGACCUGAACGUGGCCAUGGACCUGUGUGUGUAUGGCGUCACCUACCGCCUCACACACUGCGACAGUAACACACAGGACUUCAUGGAGAGCCAGGGUCUGGUUCUAAAUGACCCAGAACCGAUCCCAUCUGACCCAUAUGCGCAACUCCGAACCAAGAUGCAGCCCCACAUUGCCUACGCCACCCCAUCAGACUUCGACCGCCUUAAGCAGUUCAUCACCAUGGACCGCAAGGUGCUACGCUUCUUUGCUCUGUGGGACAACACGGCCACGCUGUUUGGCGACGCGCGCCCCGUCACCAUUCAGUACUACCUGAUGGACGACUCUGUGGAGAUCCGCGAGGUCCACGAGCCCAACAGCGGACGAGACCCCUUCCCUGUGAUGCUGCGCCGGCAGAAGGUCCCCAAGACCAUCAAACCUGCCUGUGAGCCCUUCCCCACCUGUGUGUUGGAGGUGUCCUCUCAGGAGGUUCACGAGUUCUACUCCCCGCGGGACUUCCGGGUCGGAGAGACGCUAAAACUCAUGGGCAGGAACUUCCUGCUGUAUGACUGCGACGAGUUCACACGGGCCUACUUCCAGCAGAACCACCCGGACCUACCGCUCAAUCCUGUCCCAGUGGAGAAGAAGGCCCAGAAGGACACCAAGAAGCACGUGAUUCCCCCCUACAAUGGUUGGGGUUCUCUGGAGGACUCGCUGCAGAACUGCCUGUAUUUCAUCCCGGAGCCGCCCAAGAAGGACCUGAUGAAGCUGCUGGAGAACGACCACAAGGUUCUCCGCUACGCCGCGACACUGGACUCCCAGAGCCCCCAGGACACAGGGCGACGUUUCAUCCUGUCCUACUACCUGUCCAACGACAUGGUCAGCAUCUUCGAGCUGGCCACACGCAACUCGGGCAUCAUCAGCGGCAAGUACCUGGAGAAAACACGCAUCUCAAAACCCAGCAGCACCGUCCACAACCCGCAGUACUACGGUCCAGCAGACUUUGCCAUUGGAUCCGUCAUAGAAGUCUUCAAGCAUCGCUUCUUGCUGACUGAUGCCGAUCACUACGUGCUGAAGUACCUGGAGUCGCAGGCUGACCGCAUCCCAACGGAGACCGUGAACUCGCUGCGGCAGAGGCUGGGGGUGGGCGUCAGUCUCCCUCAGGAGCAGAGCCAGACAGAGGCUGGAGAGUUGGCACACCCUGCAGGUACCACCCCGAUGCCCAGCGGCAUACAUGCCAGUUUCCACUCAGUCCAGCACCCAGCAGCUCACCAGCCAGUGACACCACUGGGGAGAACUGGUUGUUGUUGGUGGCAUUUUUUUUUUUUUUACAUUUUCUGUUACAUUACACAAAUCGGUUACUAAUAGAUUAAUAAUCCACAGCGCCACCCUUUGGUUCCCUCACCAUCUUAGUCCACAGAAAUCAGCUUGUUUUUUUCCCCUCCGAGUCGGUAGUGCUGUUCACCAGAUAACCUGCAUAGGUCUCCUAUUGCAUAGGUCUGAAUGUGUGGUUUUGGGGUGGUAUGAGUGGGGUAUGAGCUAUGAUUGGGUGACUAGCCAUUUGUUUAAAGUUUUCAUGAUUAAUAAUGAAUUUAAACUACUCCUCAGCUUAAUGAUUGAUUUGGUGCAUUAGCGCAACACUUGAGACAAGCAUUCAAACCAUGUAUUAUGCCUGUGUUGAUUCUAAAAGUAAACAAAAUUCCUGCCAAUUUUUAAUGUGCACACAGCUGGAAAGCCUUUCCUUUGUGGUCGUAGCGCAUGUCGAACAGUAGUGGGGCCAGGGCCGGCCCUAGCACAUUUGGCGCCCUAGGCAAGCUUCACUCCUGGCGCCGCAGAAACCAAGCCGUACCUGUCCCACUUCGUCCUAACAACCCUCAGAUUUCUGUCGACCGGCACUUUUCAGCCAACCUUUAGCCACGUAUGUCAGACGUAUCCUCCUGAAGCUCUGACAACUGUACAGCUGGCUUGACGUCUGUAAUGGUCUAAAAGGUUCCUCAUUGUUUAGAUUCACCCCAGGGCAACCCCCAGCUGGUAGUCUGAAUGUAGCACUUUAAGAGCAAGUGCUAAAAAAGAAGAAAUGCUGGAGCUCUUAUGGAGGGAAUGACUCAGGCUAUUUGAACAGCUGAACAGUCUGACAUUUGACAUUUACAGUGAUAAAAAAUAAAUGCAUGAAAUUAUGUGGUUGGCAUCAAAUUCAAUCUUAAGCUCAAUCAUCAGGUAUUUUCUCUAUACCAGUUUAAGGUUUGGUUCAUAAACUUUUGAAUGAAAUUCUUGUUAGGGGAAUGUGUGUUUCAGGCCCAAUUCUUCUUUGUGUCUAUUGUUUAAAGUUUUGAUGAUCAAAAAACUGUUUUCAUUGCAGUGCAUUCUCAAAUGUUAAUACCACCUUCCCAAAGAUAAACUAGACUUGGAAACCCGAAGCUGAUGACGUGGCCAUAACACCAGUCAUUUCUUUCCCCC